CCAGCGGCACCAGCAGCCUGCUCCUCCGCCGCACUCCGCACCGCUCCGCCGAGAGGAAAUCAUGGUUGUGCUGAAGAUUUCAUCUUUCCUUGCUGUUUAUGCCUUGGUGGUGUGCCAGAUGGAUAGCUUCCAGGCAGCCCCAGUCAGACCUGGCUUGGAGUCUAUAACAGAUCGAGUGACACUCAGUGAUUACGAAGCUCGGAGGUUAUUAAAUGCACUGGUGAAAGAGUUCAUACAAAUGACAGCAGAAGAGCUGGAGCAAGCCUCUGAAGGGAACAGCCUGGAUAGACCCAUUUCCAAACGCUGUGCCAGUCUGAGUACUUGUGUGCUGGGCAAACUGUCUCAAGAACUGCACAAAUUGCAAACUUAUCCUCGCACUGACGUUGGGGCUGGAACUCCUGGCAAGAAACGAAAUGUGCUGAGUGACGUGGAACACGAACGCUAUGCAAAAUAUGGGGAACCCCUGGGAGACAACUAGACAUGCUUAUUUCUCCCCUUCUCCCCUUUUUUAACCUGAUGCAUGUGGAUCUAACUUUGAUUGCUAACUUUGCUAUGUUCUUUUGAUUCUGUUUUUGACAGAGAAUGUUUGAGAUGGACCUAAUGUUAGGAAGACAGGGAACGUAACAUGCAUACCAAUCUAAGGGGAAAAAGUAAUAAAAAUGAACAGCACUUCCUUGACAUUUCAAAUGAUUUUCUUAGACCCUGAUUAAAAGAAAAUAAUCUAAACAAGGCUUUUCAUUUCUGGCUGCUAAAUGUACAAGUAGGCUCUUCUUUUGUGCUUGCCCAUGCAUUUGUUCAAUAAACCUAUUUUUCUAUAAGGAU